AUGGUACAAGGAGACAACUUGAUUGUCUCAAAAUUUGGCGUCGAAGCAGCGAAACCAGAGAUCAAGUCACUGUUAGAGAAUCUCUCUAGCAUAUAUGCGAUCACUUUGGAAGAUCUCUACAUUAAAUGGGAACAGUUUUCAAUUAACCAGAAACACGAAACCUCGACAGAACUGAACUUGAAGAACCUAGAUGAAUUCAAACAGUUUUUGCAAGCACAAAUGGAAAAGCACGCUGCUAGUGUUGAAAAUGUUUUAUCUAGGAGCAUAAAGACUGGCAACACUUCUUUGCCCAGUAUCAAAAAACCUAAACAGAUUAGAGGUAUUACUUCCGGGUCUUCAUUAUUUGGUUUCAAUGUGCCAAAGACUCCACAAACGAACAAGAAGCAGAAAGUUGACUUCUCUGCCGAUGGUAGUAGUUCAAAGCUACAUUUUAUCAAAACAGAAGGUGAAACUUCUGUAUCAGAUAUUGAGAUCAAGAGCGAAGAUAAUUCGAAAAACCUAGGUUCAAAUACGGGCACCCCUCUUGCACACAAGGUAAAGUCAGGCGACGUUCCAGGCAGAAUAAUUGACUCAUUAAAUCCUGAAAACAUUGAAAUUGCCGUUGGAAUCAAUACAGAGGAACCAAGCUCUGAAGUAAAAAUUCAGCCUUAUUAUGAUCCAUCUAAGUACAAAUUCAGAAUUAUGAGACAGAACUUAGUUGAAUCUUCCGAAGUUCUAAACGAACAGAUUGAAAUUUUUACAAAGUUGGUCCAAGCCCACCUGAAACUGACGGAUUCUGAUUUCGGUGAUCCAACGAUACAGUCCCAAAAUGUUAUCUACGCCGUGGGAAGGAUCGUUCCCGAUUCUCCUUCCGCAGAGGGGUUUCUAAACGAACAGUCCUUGUCCUUGGAGACGUCGAGGCUGAACGGGAUCGGUAGAAGAAUCAGAUUGAAGCUUGAUAAUAUAUCUGAUACAUCGCUUUUUGUUGGCCAAAUUGUUGCGCUGAAGGGUAGUAAUGCUAACGGUGAAGCUUUUUUGGUGGAGGAUAUCCUAGAUAUGCCAUACCCAGAUGCACCUGUGUCGACUGAAGAGGAUAUCAAUCUUUACAAAAACAGUCUGAAGGGAGAGUCCGCCAAAAUUGUGGUCACUGCAGGCCCAUAUUUUCCCGAUAACAGUCUGGACAUAUCUUACUUGUCUGAUUUUGUGGAAAGGGUGAACAAUGAAAGUAAGCCUCAUAUCGUGAUAAUGUACGGCCCCUUUAUUGAUGUUACAAACUCAAUGAUCAUGGAAGGGAGAAUUCCUACCUUUCCUCAUUUGAAAGUUCAACCGAGAACAUUAGACGAACUAUUUACAAGAUUGGUGUUGCCAAUUCUGAAGAAUAUCAAUCCUAAAAUACAGGUGAUUCUAAUCCCAUCGACGAGAGAUGUCUCAUCUAAUCACAGUUCAUACCCUCAAGACUCCUUCGAUCGAAAAGGUUUGCAACUACCCAAAAAUUUUAAGUGCUUUACGAAUCCAAGCACGUUUCAACUAAAUGAAACGUUCUUCGGUUGUUCCAAUGCCGACAUAUUCAAAGACAUGAAAGAAAUAUUGAAAGGUGGUGAUAUAUCAAUGCGGAACAGAUUCGACAGAAUCGCCGAACACAUGCUACAACAACGCCGUUUCUAUCCAGUAUUUCCAGGAUCUCUGAGAAGUAUUACCGUUCCUGCGAAGAAUGAAAACAGCAAGAAAAUACACAAACACAUAUCGGGUGUAGACCUGGAAGUUUCCUAUCUAGGUUUAACUGAAUUCGUAGGGAACUUCGCACCAGAUGUUAUUAUGGUACCUAGCGACAUGAGCCCCUUUGCUAGGGUGGUUAAGAAUGUCGUUUUUAUCAACCCUGGAAAAUUUGUCAAGGCCAGAGGUGCCCGUGGUACACACGCGCAGAUCUCUAUAUGCUGCCCGAAUCUGGAAGAUAGAAAAUUAACCAAAUUGGAAAAUGACGAGGUUCUUUACUUGCACAACGUGUGGAAACGGUCUAGGGUGGAUAUAGUUGGUAAUUGA